CAGUAGAUCAUCAUAGAUAAGCACAAACAGCAUCAAUGACRAAUUAGCGAAACACAAAGAAAAUGAGUCCAAUAGACAAGCAGCAGGAUCCUCACAUAUCGUCGUCKAUGACGUCGACGACAACCACGCCGUCUUCCAGAGACGAUGCCCGCAAAACCAAUGCAUCACCAAAGGAUACCAAUGCGGGGGCSGGAGACGAAGYCGCAGCGACAAAAAAGAACGAAAGGAGCGCCACAGAAAGUCCGAGUCUUGCUGCCCCCAUUCAGACAAAGAUCAACGAAAAGAUCGGGUGCGUUCUGAACGAAUUCGAGUGCCAGCACAACAACUGUACCGGAAUCCUGUACGUCGGACCCCUYGGCGUGGUGUUUUUGGGAAGUUUCUUGUUCUUGGAGUUUUUCGUGGUCCUCAAGUGGGAAGCGGUGGUCAAGAUCGAGCGCUGGAAGAGCACGGACRGCAACAGCGACAAGGAAAACGAAAACGAAAGCGAAAGCCAGCGCCAGACGGUCAUCCGCAUCGAAACCACCACCUCCCCGGAGCAGGAAAAAGGCGUCUACGAUUUCGAUGGGUUCUCGGACCACCGCAGCGCACUGGAGGCACUCACGAGGCUGCACAGCGACAGCCUCCCGGGCAACCCCCCGGGAUUGAUCACCCCUGGGCGGGCAUCGAUCCGGCCGAGACACAUGGUAAGGGCCCACAGCGAUCCGGCGCGGAUGUCGGCGAUCUUCCGCUUCGGCGAUCCCCCGCUCGCCGCGACGGCCCCGGUCCGGGAGGAAGCCGAAGCCAUGCCCCGGGCGGUCGAAGAGAGCCCGGGGCGCGAUGCACCCGAGCGUCAGGUCAUGCGCCGGCAGUCGUCGGUGUCCGUCCCGGCGGCACCGAAUCUUUGCGGGGGCCUUGCCACCGGCACGAAGGCCGCCGCGAUGCUGGAGGAGGACGAGGGGGAAGCAUCGGGCCGAGACAACGGGCAGCUCCUGCGUGCCGAAUGGGAAGCCGCCCUCGUGGAAGUCCGAGCGCUCCCGCAGGUGGCCGUCCARAACAGGGAGCUGCCGAGGAACGCGUCGCAGAACGGCGAAAGGCAAGAUCUCUUGGAUGCACUUGUGGAAUCCUUUUUCCGGAACGAUGCCACGCACGGCAUGGGCCGGUACAUGACGGACGUUGUAGGGGACACCGACGUGGAGGCCACGGACUGGACGGACGACGACAAACCAGCAAGCGAAAACGAAAGAGCAACUUCGUCYGCGAGGGUCCAAUCCAGGACCAUCCACUACACCCAUCCGGUCAAUGCUCCCAUGGCCCCGCCCACCGCACGGGCCGAAAAGAAACAAACCCUCCGUCACUACGGCAGCGCAAACGGCCUAAUGGUGGAAACCAAAACCAUCGUGAAGGGUGUUCCGAAGACGGACUGUUUCUACGUGAAGGAUGUGCUGUGCAUCGAGRUGGUGCCGGACGACAAGCGCGGGGAUCGUUUGGUGUUCAGCAUUCGGUUUGACAUUGUCUUUGUGAAAUCAACCUUUUUCGAAGGCAUCAUUUCGAACACCACAAAGGGCGAAUUCCAAACCUUUAUGAACGGCCUGGCCGAUUUCCUUUGCGAGCAUUGGUGUUCCGGUGGUACUUCCGAUACCGCCACGGUGGGUGGUGCCGYCCCACGGCCUGCAAGCCCCAAGGAACCAGCGGAAAAUACCACCACCAACGCCGCACCCCUCCUUUCUCUUCCCGGGCCAUCYGCUCCGAAACAGCCUCCCGCGGGGACGAAACCGACCCUCGGCGAUGCCGCUUGGAAGUCGUUCUGCGUGGUUCUUCUGUUGUGGAUCGCCUUCGUCCAGAGCMKGAUGUGGAACGAGGUGCGAACGGUUCGRAAGGAGUGGGACGAAUGGAAACAGAACCACGGCGCUGCUGCCCUCGGCGCAAAGCUGGAUCGCAUCGAGGCCCUGCUCGCAAAMCCCCCACCGGAAAGAGAUGAAACCAAAGACGGAACGAUCCCCGGCGAGGGAGAAUCGAAGCGGUGCCGCUCCGAAGAGCGGGAGGGCACCGCGGGACGCGACUUGUAAAGAACGACUAAUGAUACGGAAAAA